UAGUGUUAUUACAUCUCGAACGCUCUUAAAUCUUUCAUGUUCGAACACCAGGGGCUAAUUUCCAGAAACAAACAUGGCGAGCAAUACUAUCGGUGGGUAUAGAGUGCCCAGAAAUUUUGUAUUGUUAGAAGAACUUGAGCAAGGACAGAAAGGAGGUGAUGGUAAUGUUAGUUGGGGCUUAGAAAAUGACGAUGAUAACACAUUAACACACUGGACUGGCACCAUUAUUGGCCCUCCUAGGACUGCUUAUGAAGGAAGAAUUUAUCAAUUAAAAAUAACUUGUGGUGCCAAAUAUCCUGAGGAAGCCCCAACAGUUAAAUUUUUAACACGAAUUCAUUCAAAUAUUGUCAAGGAUUCUGGAGUAGUUGACUCAAAAGUAUUAGACAAGUUAAAAAAUUGGAAUAGAAAAUAUUCAAUAAAGGAUGUUUUACAAGAUAUACGAAAUUCCAUGACUCAGAAGGAAAAUUAUAAACUCUCUCAGCCACCAGAGAGUUCAAUAUAUAAUUAGUAAUGUUACUAGGAUAAAAUCACUCCUGUCAACAUGUACACAGUUUGUAAACAACAUGGACUCUUUCUUUGUAUGAUCUGUCAACAAUAUUCAUACAUGUCUGAGACUUUAACUAAAACUGAAUAAAUGGUAACAAAUCGAGAGUAUUGCCCACCUUUAUGCUUUGGAAUGUGAAUGAAAAUUGUUGACAGAUUGUAAACAAACAUUUUCAUAUGGAUUGAUUAUGAGUUUCAUUCUAAUCUUUGUUCUUUUUGAAUUAAUAGAAAAAUUUGGAGUAAAAUUUUCAGUUUGUUAGAUAACUUGUUUUAAAUUUUUGAGUGGCUUAUAGUCAGUGAGUACUCGGGCACAUUUUAUGGAUAACAAUUACUUAAGUAGAAUUAUGCUUUACUAAAAGUGACAGAAUCAUUGAAGCUUUGUAUUCAAAGUACUUGUUAUCCAGAAUGACAUCUUGUUGGUCAAGAAACAUGUUCUAAAUUCAGAAGACAUAAUAAUCUUAUAUAGCCAUUGUAUAAUGCCCUGAAAAAUGUUCAAAUUUUGUAUGUAUCUGUCAAGUAUUAUUCUGUUUCUUGCAUUUGUUGUGUCUAUUUGAAAUAAAUAUCAACCAGUUGGAUCAAUAAAAGUGUCUCAAUGUUAAAGUAUUUUUGCAGCCCUUUCUUGAUAAUAUAAGUUAAGAAUUUCUUUAAAUUAAAUUAAUUUGCCCUUUAAAUCAUACAGUAGUUUGUUAAAUAUAAGCAUUGUCAUAUAAGCUAAUUCUUUAAAAAAAAAUUAAGUUAAAUCAAAGCAUUUAUGAGAACAAACAAGGUUGAUCUGUUUUACUUUUACUUUAUUUAGUAAUUUGAUAGAUAAAUGUCGUCAAAUGAAUUAGAAAAUCAUUAAACCCAAUUUUAAUCAUAAAUCGAUAGCAUUAUCUAGAAUUUCAAAUUGUUCCCAAGUCUCCCCUGUUUCUCACUCACUAGAUCUUUUACUUUAGUUCACGAGGAAAAGAUAAUUAACUUGAAGUAGAAAUAAGGAUUGGUUUAAAUGUGACUAGUGCUGUAGUCUAGUUAGUCUGAAACAUUUGCCUCUAUUCCAGCCUCCAUAUUUUGAGUUAUCGGCUGGAUUAGAGUCAGUAAAACUAAGUCCCGUUUUAUGAUAUUAGAUUACCUUUAUGGGCAUUACCGUUACUUUUGUUUUGUGAGUAUUAUGUGACCCGUGAGCUUUUGGCUGUGCACAUAAUUUUAAAUGACUGAAGAGGGAUUAUUUUUGUGAAUGAAAACUUUAAUGGAACUGCAGACGUGACAUGGGGCUUAUGAUGGUAUGACUGAACUAUGAAAAUUUCCAUCUUUCCCAAUAUAUCUGGGUUUAGCGGAUUUGAUCUAAAUAAAUUCGAAAAUCCCUACAAAACAGCCUAGUUUUUUGUCUCUACACCAGUGUAAAACUACAAAAUAGUAAUCAGAGACUGGAAUAAAGGCAGAUGUCUAGUAUAUGGUAUAAUAUAACACAUGUAAAUUAUGAAGGUUGUCUUCGAGACAAAACGAUAACAAAAAGAUUCGUAGACUUUUUUUAUAUUAUAGAGAAAAAUAUCUGAAGGAGAAUUUGUUUUUACUUUUUCUAUAAGGGUCACCCUGUGAUAAUAAACUUGUCCAAUUUUUCCAUGUUCCAGAGAUAUUUUGAAUUUUAAGCCAUUUCACUUAUCCUUACAAAACACUUGAUGCUGCUCUGCAAUUGAGUUUAUCAACUCCCUAUUCUCUCCAACAUGCCAAUGGUAUUUGGUAACAAUUUGUAUAAUUGACAAUUUCUUUUAAGAUGGAAUCUAACAAUGCCAAUAUAAAAAUUGCUUGAUAAUGACAUCUUGUUCCAGUGUUUUAGUGAAAGACACAAAGUUCUUUUUAAGAAAGCUAUGUAAACUGAUCAUAUUGCUAUUAGGAGAAAAUUACUCUAUAAUUUGCUGUAUUUAAAGUGCUUAUAAAUAAUUUUUUAUCGAUUCCAGUUGUUGAAAUACAGACUUCUUUGUUUUCUCAAUAAACUGAAAAUUGUAAUUUC